AUGGAAACAGAAGAUGAACUGUGGCAGAACAAUUGGGGAAGCGCUUCCAUCUUGGAUGACGAGAUGGCUAUGGAGGAGGAGGAGGAGGAGGAGGAGCCUGAUUUGCAAGUUUUCAAAGCUUCGUCGGGCCAAGACAACAUACAAGCUAAUGUUGAUUUCCUGCAAGGCCUCAAGGCUCAAGCGUGA